GCCGAUGUGGAGAAGCCGGCGCCCGUGGCGUACCUGCCCCAGGUGGUGGUGCUGUGCGAGCAGCGCCACGAGGGGAUCGACGAGGCUACGGCCGCCGCAGCCGGGCCAUCCUCCAGCGGCCCCGUCUCCAGAUGGCGGUCAAAGGACCGGAUGAAGACUGGAUGUGUUGCCCUUGUAUUAUGUUUAAACAGUAGUGUUGAUCCGCCCGAUGUAAUUAAAAUUUCCCCUUGUGCAAGAAUGGAGUGCUGGAUAGAUCCAUUUUCUAUGGCACCUCCUAAAGCCCUAGAAAAUAUUGGCGAAACAUUGCACUCAAGUAUGAGCGCUGGCAACCUAAGGCUCGUUACAAGCUUCAGCUGGAUCCUACAGUGGAGGAAGUUGAAAAACUUUGCAAUACUUGCCGCAAGUAUGCCAGAUCAGAGAGAGUCCUUUUCCAUUAUAAUGGACAUGGUGUACCAAAGCCUACGGCUAAUGGUGAGAUUUGGGUGUUUAACAAGAGUUAUACACAGUAUAUUCCAUUUCCGAUUACUGAUCUUGAUUCAUGGUUAAAGACACCUUCCAUUUAUGUUUUUGACUGCUCAGCAGCUGGAAUUAUUGUGAAAGCUUUUCUGGAGCGCCUAGACUGGAGUUCUACUCCUCCGCAUCUUCACAAAAGGAUUGCAUUCUUGCUGCAUGUGAGGUGUUAGACACUCAAAAUUGGCAUGACCUGAAGUAGGCAAGAUAAAUGCCAAAAUAGCCAAUUCAAUAUUAACUCUUAUUAUUUUGCAAAUUUGGCAUAUAUGACCAUUGUGCAGGAUAUGGAGAUCGUUUUGGGAUAUUCUGGAUAUGAUUUCAUCAAUGAGACAAAGAUAGGCACAAAAAGACAUCAAGAUGAGGUCAAAUCAUGGGUUUUAAUGCACCAAGACGAAGCCCUCGUCGAGACGAUCGAAAUGGACAUAUGGAUCGCCUAAUUUGGAGUCCGUGUGUAGGAGUUAUGGCGCCAGGAAGUUCGCCUAUCUAGGCAAAACUGGUCUAACCGGAUUUGGGGACCGGUCUGACCGGUUUUGGCUAUUGUGCAGCACGAGGAGUCCGGUCUGACCGGAUUUGGUGACUGGUCUGACCGGUUUUUAGCAGAUUAGUCCGAAUUAGAGUUGUAAUUUGAUUCUAGGUCGGUUUGUCACAUGUUUUUGAACUCCCACGGGUACAGACAUUUCCACCCUAUAAAUAUAAAGGGCUAUGGCCGAUUGAGACACACCCAACCGAACAAAACAUUAUGCAUCUACUUUUUACCUCUAAACUCUAGUCUUUUCCAAUCUCCCUUGCUGUCCAUCGUGAUCUCCACGGCCAUUGAUGGCGUCCUAAGCUCGCUGGUCGACCUAGGUCACGUCCGGCGACGUUCACAUCCUAACGGGGUCCCUCCCGGGCGAGAGCUUCGACGGCCUUUGCUAGUUUGCUCGUAAUCUAGUCGUUCUUCGUCACGUAAGCGCGUUGGUUAUCCUUUGCUGGUUUGCUCGUAAACCUUGCUGCUCUUCACCGCGUAAGUGUGAUACUUAUCCCUCGAGACGACCGAUUCUAGCGAAACCCUAGAAACCGGUCUGACCGGUUUACUCAACUGGUCUGACCGGUCUACGUAGCCCCACGGCUAUUCGGUCCGUUUGCGACUCUCACGUUCGAGUGCUCUCGUGUGUUGACCGAGAUUUGUGUCAACACAUUUUGGCGACUCCGCUGGGGACGAUAAUUCUGGUUAUUGAAGCAAUCGAAAUUUUGUACCCUAGCCCUGUGUUAAUUGAUCUACUAUUUUGGUUCACCCUUGUUAUUGCAUCUGGUCUCUUUAGACCGAUUGCAAAUAUAAUUGUGGUAUUACAUAGCCGAUUGCACUCUACUUUGCUUGCUGCUACAUAUCAAAGAUCAAAAGAAAAGACAAAGUGUUGGUUAUUGAUUGCUUGGAUUACCAAAUAUAUCUGGAUUUAUUGAUUAUAAGACCAGAAGCAUCAAGACCUACUAAGAAGUAUACAUGGCGGGUUAUUCAUGUGCACCACAAUAAUAUUACUACACCACGCCUGAGGUACAACAUGCAAGUACAUCAUAUAUUUCUACUGAUUAUUUUGCUAGUACCAUAAAUUCUCAUGUUGAUGUUGCUAGUCAUAAUAGUGGUAUACAUAUUGCAUCGGCUAGUAAUUAUUCAGAUGGUUUUAAUUAUGCUGCUUAUAAUUCUGAAAAUUGCUUGCAACAGCCCAUGCCAAAUAAUAUGCAUAAUCUGAAUUUUGAUGCUACUAGCAACAUACAACAUACAUAUUUUCAUACAUCGGCAGCAGAACAAGUUCACAUGCCGAUGAACAAUUAUCAAGGCCAAACUAAUAUAGUGAGUUCGGCCAAUCUUUAUGAGACAUCAUGUGCUAAUGAUUUUAAUACUUUUCAGCAAGGUGUUUCAUACGCUUAUUCAUCGGCAACCAAUUUAGAAUAUUUGACUCAAAGCAUGCCGAUGAAUGAGAAAAUUGGCCAUGCUGAUUUUAGAUGUCCGGCCAAUUAUUCUCAACCAUUAUAUGCUAGAGUGGAAGAUGCAUGUAUAAAUUCAGCACCAUAUACAAAUGCUAAUACUCAUACUUCGGUUCCAGAUGUUUCCAAUACUUAUAGACGAAUUAAUGAGAAUUCAGUAAGAUCACAUUCAUCUCGACAGAUUAAUUUUUCAUGUGUUUCAUCUCAUGCAUCAUCACAUAGUUUUGGUACUACUUAUUCUUCGUUACCGAAAGUUCAUGCUUGUGAUUUUGCACAAAAGGUUGCACCGAACAGUGUUUCUACUAUAUUGCAAAAGCCAAAUACUUUGUGGGAUGCAGAAAAUGCUGAGCUUAAGAAUGAUGUGAUUAAAAGAUUUAACAAGGAUAAAAAAAUUGAGGAUAAGCUUAGCAAAUUUGCAGAAACACAAAUAAGAUUGUAUAAAUCUUGUUUCCAAGAAACAGGGCAAGGAUUUGUUCAAGUAAUGGAAUUACCAUCCAUUGACGAUAUAUUCAAGGAAAUGAGAUUUGCAGCUACAAAGCCGGUUACAUCAUCGGUUGAUAGUGGAAGAAAGAAUAAUUCCGAUAUGGGUAGCAAUUCGGUUAUGGUGAGAACCGAAUUGAAUAAAGAUCGUCCCGAAUCUAUUGUAUUGAAAGAGAAAAGUCUAGCCGUACAAAAAACUGCCAAAUUCAAUAAAACAGCUAUGCUUGACUUUUCGGAAGCUAAAAGACCCAUAUCUGUAAGUAGCCUUGUCAAGUGCAAUAGUGAGCAACAAAUUAUGACUCAACGGAGUUCGGUCGGUGAUAUACAUCAAGAUACUAGAGACCAUUAUCUCAGGAGCAAUGACAAGGUAUUGACAGGCCAACAUUCAGAGUUGUCUAGUUGCACUAGAACAACCGGUCAGACUGGGUUCCUGCAGGAAGUGCUGCGGGUGGUCAUCGGGAGGAAAGGCAUGAUAUCAUCCACAUAGAGGUUCCUCGCCUCUCCCGCAUAUUUGACAAGGUACGCUUUUCAAGUAAUUUACCCAAUUCCAGAUCAGAUCAUAUGAUUUCAGUCGAUACAUCUACUAGAGAUAUGAUUGUGAAUAAUCCUAGAAGAUCGAUUGAGGAAGGUAAUUUACUUGCUAGCAACAAAAUAAUUUCAGAUAGUGUCGGCCAGUGCAUUGUGAAAAUUAGAAAGGCUGAUAAUAGUAAUAUUUUGGCAUUUAGACUCGCUCCGUCAUCGUUGCCAAAAUUUUUCUCUACAUGGUUUACUUGUGGUCAUUCUGGGAUUAAAAACAAGAAACCAAAACCGAAAAGCAUUGUGAAAUCCGAUAAUGAUAUAGUGAUAAGCUCUAAAGUAUUGGAUGUGGGAAGCACAAGUAAAGGUAUAGCCGAAUGGAUUAAUGAGAAAUCUGAACCAUUCGUUUGCUCAGCCUUAAAACCUUCUCCACAAAAGCGCCGGUUAGAGAAAAUAAAAUAUACCUUCGAUUUGACUUUGUGUGAUGAUUUAUUUGAUAUAUUGCUGGAGAAGAAUUUUAUUAAACCUUUUGGUCACAAAGUCUUGCUGUCAUCUCUUGAUGCAAAGGAGCGAGAUUAUUGCAAUUGCAUAAUUCAUUUGAUCACAGUAUUCAGAAUUGCAAUAUGUUUCGCCAAAUUAUACAAUCGGCCAUUAACUCCGGACGAUUGAAAUUUGCUCAUGAACAAGAGAAUGACCAAUUGAAAUCAAUUGGUCUUGAUGAUAAGAAGUUACAAAAUUGGCCAGUCCAUGUAACAAGAAAAAUAUUGGUGAGGAGGAAGAUUCUAAGCCCUCAAGUGAUAUAGAAGACAUCGUCCAAAUUGAAGAUGUUUCGAAGGACGAUGAGCUUAAU